AAAGAGAAUUUGCUGAAGUUGAUGUUGAUGAUUGUUAAGAACUAUCGAAGUUGAAUCUUGGAGCUAUAGACAGCAAAGAAUGUUAGAGGAUCCUGAUACCAGCCAAAACCUCCCCGUAGAUUAUAACAAUGCGAACCCCCCAUGCAUACCUCCAAAACUCAAACUCUUCUUUAUCACUCUUAUUCUUACUCCAAUCCCAAAAUUUCAAUUCCAUCUCCAUUACACUCUCUCUCGCCCACAUAUCCAUUAGGACCGAUGAGCUAUGCCAACGGCAGCCCGGUAUAUUUGCCGGAGAACCUCGUGCCAGACCAAGCGUCCCCGGGGUGGAACAACAAGGGUGAUAACGCAUGGCAGCUGACGGCGGCGACGCUAGUGGGCAUGCAGAGCGUCCCGGGCCUCGUGAUCCUGUACGGGAGCAUGGUCAAGAAGAAGUGGGCCGUGAACUCGGCCUUCAUGGCCCUCUACGCCUUCGCCGCCGUCCUCGUCCGCUGGGUCCUCUGGGCCCACUCGAUGGCGCUCGGGGACCGCCUCUGCCCGCUAGUGGGGACGCCCCAACCGGUGCUAUCCCAGCGCUCCCUCCUGAGGAAAUAUAAAGACGUGUGGAUGCCAAAGGCGGAUUACGUCUACUUCCAGUUCGCGUUCGCGGCGAUCACGGUGAUCUUGCUGGCCGGGUCGUUGCUCGGGAGGAUGAACUUCUACGCCUGGAUGAUGUUCGUGCCGCUGUGGCUGACGUUCAGCUACACGAUUGGCGCCUUUAGCAUAUGGGGAGACGGUUUUUUGAAUCAAAAGGAAGGGAUUAGCACCAUUGAUUAUGCGGGUGGUUUCGUGAUCCAUCUCUCUUCUGGUGUGGCCGGCUUCACUGCUGCUUACUGGGUUGGACCGAGGAUUUCACACGACAGGCAAAACUUCCCACCGAACAAUAUAAUACACAUGUUGGGAGGUGCGGGGUUCUUGUGGCUGGGUUGGACUGGGUUCAAUGGCGGUUCGCCGUUUGCUGUUAGUAGGAUCGCAUCUCUGGCCAUCCUCAACACCCAUCUCUGCACCUCCACAAGCCUCAUCGUCUGGGUUUCGCUCGACAUGAUCUUCUACAGGAAAAGCUCUGUCAUUGGUGCUGUGCAGGGAAUGAUCACUGGCCUUGUUUGCAUCACGCCCGGGGCAGGAGUCGUGGACCCGUGGGCAGCAGCUUUGAUGGGAGCAGUGUCCGGUUCAGUACCAUGGUACACCAUGAUGGUACUCCACAGAAGAUCGGCUUUCUUCCAGAAGGUGGACGACACGUUGGCCGUCUUCCACACGCACGCAGUGGCCGGAGUUCUUGGGGGCAUCCUCUCGGGGCUGUUUGCGAAACCCUAUCUCCUAAGGUUGUUUUAUGGCUCAGAUACUAAUUACACAGGCUUGUUGUAUAGCAUUAUCCAGGGGAAGGCCAGCCAAGGACUCCGGCAGAUGUCGUACCAACUCAUCGGAGCAGCUUUCAUCACGGUAUGGAACGUGGUCGCCACGAGUUUCAUUUGCCUUCUCAUAACCAGGAUUGUCAACCUGAGAAUGGGAGAGGACGAACUGGAAGUAGGCGAUGGCGCCGCGCAUGGGGAGGAGGCAUAUGCGCUCUGGGGAGACGGGGAGAAGAUGCCGAAUCCCCUGCGUCUUCGGAUACCUCCGAGACUCCCCUCCAUCUGUCAGCGCCUGCCCUGA